AUGCUGGAUGCCUCAGAGGCAGAAACCCCUAAAAUCAAGGAGGAAUGCCCUGAUUCAGUGGAAACGACAGCGUCAGGAAUUGAAAAGAAGGAGUCCUUCGAGAAAUCACCCGGAACUAGUUGGCAAAUGCAACGUCCGCUACAUACCUGGCCAUUUACGGCUGGUGUCAGGGCUCCGUGCUGGGGUGAUGCACAGGCCGGUGUAGCUGCGCAUGGUUACGGCCUGACUUCGGGCAUAAUUUUGCAGCCCCAUCCAUCUGCCAGUAAUUGGACUGGUCUCCCCCCGAUCUACGACCCCUCCCUGGAGAGCGCUCUCUGUGGGGGCUACUUUCGGAACACUGGAUAUCCCAGGAACUUUGUUGGCGCACCGGAUGUGGGCCUACCGUCAACAUCAGGUGAAACCUUGUUAACUCCCUCAGCCGAGCCCAAUGAAACCAUGUCUGUGACGGAGUCGCGACCUAAGACCACAACGGCUGCCGCUGGCGGUAAACAACGGGACAACGGGGUGAUUUCUAGCGCUGCAACUACCACAGCCAACAUGAAUACCACAAUGUAUCGCAAUCGAAAGCGCGAUUCACUCGAUCAUCACCCUGAGAAUCAACAAUCAAAAGCCAAUAAGAGAAGUGACAGUUCGAAGUGGAUCUACAACAGUUCUUCCACCUCGACUGACAGAAACAGAACUGCCUCCUCAAAUGAAAAGGAGACGAAAAACCCCACACUGGAGAUGAACUUCAAGAACUCAGCUAACGCUGCUGGCGACCACGGAACUCUACAUAUUUGA